AAGAAUGACAAGUAUGAAAAUGAAACUACUUGACAUAGGUUGACUUGGUUGAUAUACCGGCGGUAGGUUGUUUGUAUCGAUUGCUAGUUGCCAGUCCUUCCCUUGGUUUUAGAUUUUGUCAGCACCCGGUAUUGUUUUGGGAGGCUUUGCUCUGAACAUUGAUCAAGUACUGCAGCAGUAUGUAGCAACUCAAAACGGAUAGUGCACGCUUCAGAAGGGACUGCUACUUCCAUAAAAUAUUAUUACAUGCACCAGUGCAGUAGCAGUGAAGUGUGAUUUUACUUUGCUCGAGCGCUCGGCGUGUGGAUGAAAGCCUGGCUUGUUUAUCUAGUAGCAACGCCAGACUCUGCGUGUCACCUUCAGGAGUAACCUAACUAGGCUGUCUGUUUUGCACCGUCUAGGCACACGGUGGCCCCCACAUAAUAACAUGUGGUGAUGUUCGACGCUUGCGACGCCGGUUUGGACACUCCAAUUCCAAUUCUCCAAUACACGUUUGGGUACUUCUAUUAGGGAUUCGAGUUGACACCCGAAAGUCCGUAAUUCGACCAAAGAAGAAUUCCUCGCCGAGCUCACUACACUAGGGUUCGAAGCCAAAGUUUCAAACAAUCGUGAUCGAUAUGAAGUCCAGACUGGCUUGCAUACUGCUGCUAGUCGCCAUAAGUGCUAAUUUUGUCGUGGCUGGCCCAAUACUCCGCCGAAUGAUUGGGCCAUGCGACGAAGACAAUGCACACGGCAACAGUGGAACUCUUGCGGCACGGCUCCGGCCAUGCAACUACACCACUGCCGAUUUCGUCGUGGGUGGCUUCGUCUACGUGCAAGGCGUGUGGAACGAUGAGGAGGAGGGAUGUGAGCUCCUUCCCGGAUCGGCUUCGUUUCAAAUCCCUGAAUCGGCACGCUGGGGUGUGGAACUAGCGCAGGCAGAGCUGGGCAAAACUCUAACAGUGGGAUAUGACUUUAAGGCGACUUGUAACCGAAUGCCAGAGCGAGUCAUCAAAGAGCAAACUUUAGAGUACGUCCACCGCUUGGCCGGACUGGCCACGGGUACGUGCGAAGAGCAGUCAGCGGCAAGAUCAGAGGCGAAAGCUGGACCGUCUGGUGACGGAGUGCUGCGGCGAACUCACCCGCCCGUGUCUGCCAUGCUGGGCCCACCCAGUAGCAAGCUCAGCAUAUCGGCUGCACGUCUAGUAUCACUGUUUUCUCUGCCUAUGGUCAGCUACUCAGCCACAGCAGUAGAGCUGAGUAACAAAUGCUAUUACCCGUAUUUCCUGCGGGUGGUUCCCCCGGACUCGGAACAGGCCAGCAUCAUAGCGGAGUUCGCCAAGCAGCAGCGCUGGAAGAGUAUACUGCUAAUACAUUCGCGGGACCUUUACGCAGAGCGCCUGGCGAGCGACUUCCGCACGGCAGCGGACGAGCGGGAUCUGUGCGUUGUCGGGACUGUGGUUCUCAGUGCGGUGCCAGACUUGGAGACGCUCACCGCUAUCGCGGCGCUGCUUGAGCGGGGGCAAGAGUACCGAAACGUCAGCUCCACUGCCACAGUGGUCCUGAUCGCAGCGCAGCGCAGCACAGCCGCUUUGUACUUCAACGCCGUGUUGGGCCGUCCGGAGCUGACGACGAACAAGACGACCUUUCUGGCACCGGACAGCUGGGCCUUCGCUGCGGACCUCAUACCCGAUGCACUCCUGAAUGAUCUGCGCGGCAUGAUAGGAUUUGCACCAAACGUACGCCACGGCACACGCAUCACAGAACACAUGCUCUCCAUCAAUCCUGCGAGUAGCCCCAAUCCGUUCGUGAGGCCGGUGUGGGAGGUGAUGUUCAACUGCUCCGUCGAGGAGGAUAUUGCCGGAGGACAAACAGAGUGCGUGGAUAGCCAGCUGAUCCUUGACGUGACGCUUGCCCUGAAUGGCAAGGUGGCACCUGCCUUCGACGCAGCGCAAGCAAUCGCCUAUGCCAUCAACGCCACCGUGGCACAAGAAUGUGCCGAUGCGAACGGCAAGGAAUGUUCCCAGGCGGAUUUACGCCGGACGAUACGUAAAUUGAGGCACAGGCAACUGGACGGGCCGAAGCUUCUGGCGCAGCUCGUAGCGCAACCGGUGCGCAGCCUCCUAGACGGAGUCGAGACCCGCUUCGACCCAUCCACCGGGGAUCCAACGCAGGUCCCGUACACAAUAGGCAACCUGCAGCUGUUCCCGGGCGAUGACGUGGGAAACGGUAGCCGUGCGUUGGUGCCUCGCUACGUUGAAGUCGGCUCAGCUCACGCAGUGCACAGCCAUAAAGGCGAAACGGAGUUUAAUUGUCAUGACGAUGAGGUGCUGGAAGUGGAAAUGCUGGACGUUCGCGUGAACAUCACCAGCGCAAUUAUUUGGAACAACGGCAGCACAAUACCGCCCCAGUCCAUCUGUAGCCAUCCGUGCCAUCCCGGCUAUCGGAUCCGCCACAUGCUGGAUGCUCAGGGAAGGCCGUCGAAGUGCUGCUUCGAUUGCCUGCCCUGCGCUGGUCAACGCUAUUCGCGUGCAGGCGACCAAGCAUGCCGGGAAUGCGAGCCCGAGGCGUACGCCAACGCAGAGCACACCGCGUGCGUGCCCGUCGAAGUCGACUACAUCGGCAAGAGAGGGAUCGCGUACGGCGUGCUAGUUCUCUGUGCAUGCGUAACGGUAUCCGCCAUUGUGUAUACUCUCCUGCUUCUGUUUAACAGCUCUCUGAAGUGGUCCAUCGAGAAGCCGCUGAUAGCAAUAACUUCAACCGCUGUAGCCUUUUCUCAGCUUGUGUUCAUACCAUGGCUGAUGAAGCCGACGGAUACGAUCUGCUCCAUCCUGUCCAUCGGCCCAGCGGCUCUGUUCAGUGUUGCCAUGGCACCGAUGGUGGUCAUUGCCACGCACCAGUCUCGCUUGCCGCGUAAACUCAUGCGCGGCAACACCUUAGCAACGUCGAUCGAUAACUCCAGCGAGCAGCAGCAGUCCGUAAGCGGGUCGACCGGUGGUCCAAGGCACAGCGUACUGCAGGACGAGGAUACCGUGCGGGUGUCCGGUUCGUGGUUGCCUAAGCGACCCAGCGGCAUGGCGUUCCUAGCUCCUGAGCACGCCAGCCACAGUGCACUGGAGAGCGGCUUCAGUGGCGACGUGGUGGCGAUCAGCCUCCCCGAUCUCAGGCACGCCUCCGAGGCAGUUGCCACGUUAACGCAGAAGCACUCUGGCGGCUCCGGCACUCUACACAGUCUGAAGAGCGCGGCCAAGUCGCACAUGUCGGCCAAGAAGUCACCACUGCUCACCGAUCGUACACGCCGACGUCUGCACAGGGGCCGUCGCAAGGCCAAGCGAGUGCUCGGCACGCUGAAGUCUCGCGUGGUCUGCUCAGUCCUGCUCUGCCUCUCCGUGAUCGCCAUCCUGGCCUCGUCGCACAUCAUCGCUCCCGUACGACGACAGACGGCCGUAGAGCCACACACUAGCGUCUCCCUGGUCUGUGGCGUUCACAACACGUCCAUACGCAUUGGUUACGCGAGCUACCUCGCAUUCGCGCUUUGGAUCAUCGCGCUGGACUCUCACACCGUCUACCUGGAUCGGACCAAGCGACGGCGAUGCUCAGCUCGGACACGGCUCGCCUCCUUGCGCCGCACAUACACGUGCGCCGUGAUCAUCUUCGGCUUUACGCUCUCCGUCGGCAUCUACUUCAUGGUGAGCGACAUCGUGCUGUCGAUGAUCUCGUUCCCGCUCGGCUUCUUCCUCUACUCACUCUCCAUCUCGGCCAUGUACCUGCUGCCGCUGUUCCGCGACGCCACGAAAUCGGCCGAGCGCGGUGACAGCACUGCGGCCGGUGUGCGUUCCACUGCCAGUGCCAGCGUGCAGCUCAAGCCCAGGGAAGACGAGCACUUUCACCUCGGCGGCCACUCCCAACGGGCGGAGGUGGGCAAAAUGGCCGAUCCGGAGCAGGAAAUCAACGCUCUUGACUUCAUUCACAUGACAGCAUUUUCAACAACAGCAGGAGAUCCCAGCCAAAGUGAGAGCCCACAGAGCUUCAGCCUUGCAGGAGAGAUACCACACGUGCCACAACCAGAUAUUGCAAUUAUUGUCACAACGCCUGCGGGACAGCAGCAUCACACCGAUUACCAGGACGUCACCGGCGAGGAAGAGGAGAACCUGACUGUGUUUGGCGGCGCCCUGGAGCUCGAGUGCAUGACCCCCAGUGACCGCACUAGCGGCUUCAGCGGAGAUAAUGAUGACUUGCAGGAAACCGGCACGGCUGCUGAAGCCGAGAGCAGUUCUGGCGACAGCGUGGCGACCUGUUGACGUGAUGCGAAGGGAACAGGUGAUCUUCCCGGCGUGAAUACAAACAGGAAUAGUAUAGUAUCAUACGUUGGGUAUCUUUGUCUGGGUACCAUGACAUCACUGGACAUUAUCAUGACACACAUGGACACACCGUAUCUGCCAACCGUUGCAAACCCGAGAUCGGGACAAUGACAUACCUAGGCAUGCCAUACCAAUGCAUGCCAUAUCUCCAUACCUAGGCAUGCCAUACCUAGGCAUGCUAUACCUAGGCAUGCCAUACCUAGGCAUGCCAUACCAAGGCAUGCCAUAUCUCCAUACCUAGGCAUGCCAUACCUAGGCAUGCUAUACCUAGGCAUGCCAUACCUUGGCAUGCCAUACUUAGGCAUGCCAUAUCUCCAUACCUAGGCAUACCCUGUGAAGCACUUGACACAUGCACGUUUAGGUGCCUAGUACCACCCUGGAUACCGGGACGGUUGCGGCCACAUCGGGGAGGGUGGCAGGUGUAGUCAACCAUGGUAUACACGUACUGGUACAAACAGUAAAACCUGGUGUAAGCAACCUCUGUGUUUACCGACCACCUGCAUGCUCUUAACAACCGUUUUCUCUUGCACGGACAGUUCUACACAGACUCUGUGGGACCUGGUUCUAAAGACCACCUCGCUUUAAUGACCGCUUUUGCUUGCACCGUGGGGUGGUCGCUUAAACCAGGUUUUACUGUA